AUGCAGUGCCUGAUUGUCCUUGCUCUGGCUGCCUUGGCUCAGGCCAACCCUCUGUACUCUACCGCGGUAGUCGCACCUCUAGUGGCCGCCGACAACACUGAGACUGCUGCCCUUAAGACUUUGGCUAUCGAGAAGGCCAAGACUGGUGCCCCUGCCCCGUUCGUUGACACCUACAGUAGGGCUUACUUCGCCCCAGCUGCAGUCCCUGCUUUUGCUCCAGCUGCCGUUCCCACCUACCACGCUCUGGCCCCUGCUGUUGUUCCGGCCUACGCUCCCGCCGCUGUCCCUACCUACCACGCUCUGGCCCCUGCUGCUGUUCCAGCCUACGCUCCCGCCGCUGUCCCUACUUACCACGCUCUGGCUCCUGCUGCUGUUCCAGCUUACGCUCCAGCAUACGCUCCGGCCUACGCUCCUGCCUACGCCCCAGCAGCUAUCCGUGCUAUAGCUCCUGCUGAAGUCUCUGCCGUAUCAGCUGUUGCUCCAACCGUCCUUCUCUCUGACCAAGACGCCGCUAAGGUCAACCAUUUGACUGGUCUGGCUAAGGAACUGUCACACUCAUAA